CAUCCUCAAGCAAAAACACAACAAACACUCAAAAAGCAAGCUAAGCUAAGCAACCUAUACUAGAGAGAAAACUAAGAGCUAAAUUUAAGUUUUAGAGAGAGAAGAGAUGGCUUCACUCCCGAUCAUCAACAUGGUCAAGCUCGACGGAGAGGAGAGACAAGCAACCAUGAGCAAACUUCAUGAUGCUUGUGAGAACUGGGGAUUCUUUGAGCUCUUGAAUCAUGGGAUCUCCAUUGAGUUGCUGGACAAAGUCGAGGGCAUGACCAAGGGACACUAUAAGAAGUGUAUGGAGCAAAAGUUCAAGGAAUUCGCGAAGCAGGCACUUGAGAGAGGGGAGGAAUUGGACACGAUAAGCAAUAUGGACUGGGAGAGCACUUUCUUCUUGAAACACCUCCCCCAGUCUAACAUCACUGGAAUCCCCGACCUCGAAGAUGAAUACAGGGAGGUGAUGAAGGAAUUCGCGUUGGAGCUAGAGAAACUAGCCGAGAGACUCCUCGACCUGCUAUGCGAAAACUUGGGCCUAGAACAAGGCUACUUGAAAAAGGCCUUUGGUGGGUCGAACGGCCCAACUUUCGGCACGAAGGUCAGCAACUACCCUCCGUGCCCACGGCCGGAGCUUUUCAAGGGCCUGAGGGCCCACACCGACGCCGGCGGCCUCAUCCUCCUCUUUCAAGACGAUAAAGUCAGCGGACUUCAGCUCCUUAAGGACGGCGAAUGGGUCGAUGUGCCGCCGAUGAGGCAUUCGAUUGUUGUCAACCUUGGUGAUCAACUUGAGGUGAUUACUAAUGGCAAGUACAAGAGCGUGAUGCACCGUGUAGUCGCCCAGACCGACGGGAACAGGAUGUCGAUCGCGUCGUUCUACAAUCCGGGCGGCGACGCCGUGAUUUAUCCGGCGCCGGCGCUGAUAAAGGAAGAAGAAGAGAAGGAAAAUGAAGUGACGACGUAUCCAAAGUUCGUGUUCGAGGAUUAUAUGAAGCUUUACGUUGCUCAAAAGUUUCAGGCCAAGGAACCCAGAUUCGAGACCAUGAAGGCUCUGGAAUCAGUCGGCGCUUAACUAGUUAUUAUCACUGAAUAAGGAAAGGCUCAAGUGUUACUGAGGUUUACUGAAAAUAGAUUAGUUAAGUUAAUAAUUGUUGUAAUUAGCGUCCGUGUUAGCGGGCUCUGUGCUUGUUUGUGAGCGGUUUGCCACUAGAAAAAGUGACUCGUGAAGAGUGAUGAUUGUUCCGAUUAAGAGUGUUGUGUUGAUGUUUGAGAAAACUAUUAACAUGUUAUCGUCAUCAUCAUUAAUAUAUUGUUAUGUAAUUUCGUAUGACCAA